AUGAAAUCAAUGCGUGGAUGCUGAGACCGAUUUACUUCACCGGAGAUUGUGUCUGCACCUGUCAAAGUCUAAGCUACACUUGCUAACAGGGCAGUCUCUAUUCACAUCUUUUCAGUGCUCCCGGAGAGAGAAGUCAUCCACGGACAUGGAGCUCGUCAGCUUCUUUAUGGUCCUGUUAUUGCUUACGGCAGCAGGAGCAGAGAUUGUGUUUAAAAGUGUCUCUGAAAGGCUGUACUACAGUUACACUCCCAGUUCCGAAACCAAUGGGCACAUCUUUGACGCAAAUGCUUCUCCCUUCCUCUUGUACGAUUACAAGGAGCAGACGUUUGUCAUCAAAGGAAACAGGACAAAUGGAAUAAAGGAACUUGGUCAAGAGGAGGUGAACCACUUCAAGGAGAGGGCAAGCGGAAUCCAGGCGUGGCAGCAAGGCAUCACCAAAGAAAUGAUGAAGCUGACGAAUGGUUCAAGUGUCCUCAAAAAGAAACCCACCGUCCACAUCUACACCCAAGAAGACUACACACCACAGAAAUCGAACACCCUGUACUGUUACGCUGAGAAGUUCUAUCCUUUCGAGAUCGAGCUCACCUUCCUGAUCAACGGGCGGAAGUACCUUGGGCCGGUCCAUUCAUCCCAGCUGAUCGUAGAAUCGGACUGGACCUUCAACAUCUUUAAGUACAUCAGGAUUGAGCCAAAGGACGGGGACACCUUCAGCUGCCGGGCAGCUCACGUCAGUCUCGAUAAAGCCCUGACCGUCUCACUGGAUAAGCCACCUCUGAUGCCCAAAUCCGGGAUUAUUGUUUGUGCAGUCGGAGUUAUAGUGGGAGUUACUGGGUUGCUGGUAACAGUGUACCUGAGCAGAGUGAUACACCAAAGGGGAGGAGUUUGUUCUGGGAGAUCCUGCAAGAAGUGAUCUGGUGAAAACAACACAGGGAAAGGAGAGUUACUGAAUUGAUGUUACCUGUACCUGGGAUUUUGAAAAUUAAAGACAUAAAAAAGGAAAUACAAUAUAGAACCUGUUUUUAUAUUUUUCGAGUAAAUAAAAUGUAAAGUGAUCAAUAUUAAUGACCCCACUGAUCAUCAGGGAAACACAACAGUUUGGAACAGAGAUGCACAACAUCCAUGCUCUCCCAGCCUGGGAGUGUGUGAUGGGACAGUGCAGAGGGAGCUUCACCCUGUGUCUGACCUCAGGAGUGUGUGAUGGGACGGUGUACAGGGAGCUUCACUCUGUGUCUGACCCUGGGAAUUUAGUGAUGGGACAGUGUAGAGGGAGCUUCUUUCUGUGUCUAACCUGUGCCCUGGGAGUGUGGGAGGGAAUUUUGCUCUGUGACUAAUCCAAAUUGCCCUGGUUUAGGAGUGCGUGACAGGACAGUAUAUGUUGUACAGCAAUCUCCUUCAAAUAGUUUUCGUUUGCCAUUUGUGAAACUGUAAGCAGUUAUCUCUACUCAAGAUCUGAUUUCAUUGAGGGAACACUUGUCUUUACCUGUAUGAUUCCUACCAAAAGAAUUAACAUUGUUCGAUGUUUAUGGGGUCUUGGAGUGCAGCCGGGAUACUGAUGAAACUUUCACCAUUUAAGAUUAAACUGGAUUAAGAGUGAUCUAUAAACAGAAA